AUGUUCAAGUCCGUUCUCACGUCGGCCUUCUUCGCGGCUACCGCUCUGGCAGCGAGCCGUAUGACUGCUCCUGCUGGAGCUAUUGUCGUUGCCAAGUCUGGUGGUGAUUAUACCACGAUCAGCGAUGCUGUCGGCAACCUGAGCACCACCGCUACCACUACGCAGAGUAUCUUCAUCGAGAAGGGUACCUAUGAUGAGCAGGUCUACAUCCCCUCGAUGAAGGGAGAGCUGCUCAUCUACGGUCAGACGGAGGACACCACCACCUACGAAAAGAACCUUGUCAAGGUUACUCACAACAUCAAGUUGGCUGAUGUUGAGAAUGAUGACCACACCGCUACCGUCCGAAACCACGCCGAGAACUCGUCCGUUUACAACCUGAACUUCGAGAACAGCUGUGGUCAGGUCUGCCACCAGGCUUUGGCCGUCAGCGCCUACGGCGAGAACCAGGGAUACUACGGUUGCAAGUUUAUCGGAUACCAGGACACUCUCCUCGCUCAGUCCGGAAACCAGAUCUACGCUAAGUCCCUUAUCCAGGGUGCUGUUGACUUCAUCUUUGGCCAAAGCGCUCGCGCCUGGUUCCACCAGUGUGACAUCCGAGUCGUCGAGGGUCCCUCGGCUGCCCACAUCACUGCCAACGGUCGCCGAUCCGAGUCCGACGAGUCCUACUACGUGAUCCACAAGUCGACCGUUGAGGCCGCCGACGGCGACUCCGUCAAGGCCGGAACUUACUACCUUGGCCGUCCCUGGUCCGAGUAUGCCCGUGUUGUCUUCCAGAAGACCUCUAUGUCCGAUGUGAUCAACUCCGCCGGCUGGGCUGAAUGGUCCGACGCGAGCCCCAACACCGACAACGUCACCUAUGCCGAGUAUGGUAACACCGGAAAGGGUGCCAAGGGUGACCGUGUCAGCUUCUCCCACAAGCUCGACGAGGCGAUCUCCAUCUCCGAGAUCCUGGGUGCUGAUUGGCAGAGCUGGGUUGACACCAGCUAUGUCCUUUAA